AUGAAAAUCUCCAGGUCCAGGUGCCUAAUCCUUUCUUUUAUCCUCUUGUGUGGGCUGGUCUCAGAAGUUACAGCAGAUGUUGAAGAAGCCUCAGAUGGUCUCCAGACUACCCGGGAACCCAUAUGGCUCACAGACAUCUCAGCCACUGAGGAACUCAUCAAUGCCGCUGAAGUGGCCAUCAUCGGCUUCUUCCAGGAUUUAGAAAUACCUAUAGUGUCCGUAUUCCGCAGCAUGACACAACAGUUCCAAGACAUAUCAUUCGGAAUCAGCAACAGUUCUGAACUUCUGACCCACUACAACAUCACCAGAAACAGCAUCUGCCUCUUCCGACAGGUUGAUAACGAAAAAUUGCAUUUGGAUGCUGAAGACAUUGAGAACUUAGAUGCCGCCAAGCUGAGCCGUUUCAUUCAGAUGAACAACCUCCACUGGGUGACGGAAUACAGCCCUCUGAUUGCAGCUGGCUUAUUUAGCACUAUGAUUCAGACUCAUCUUCUCCUGAUGAUGAACAAGGCUUCCCCAGCGUAUGAAGAGAGUAUGCUGAGAUACCAGAAGGCAGCUAAGCUCUUCCAGGGACAGAUCCUCUUUGUUCUGGUGGACAGCGGCAGAGGGGAAAACAGAAAGGUGAUCUCCUAUUUCAAACUGAAGGAGUCUCAGCUGCCGGCUUUGGCCAUUUAUGAAACUGUGGAUGACAAGUGGGACACACUGCCCAUCACAGAAGUUACCGUGGAGAAAGUCCGAGACUUCUGUGAUGGAUUCCAAAAGGGGACGCUGCUGAGAGAUCACAAAGCAGAAGAAGAUGCUGGGAAGGAGGAGCUCUGA